UCUUUUUUUUUUUUUUUUUUAUAAGCGAUUUCCCUUUAUUUGCUCAUAAGAAGCCCUUUUUCCCCAUCGGUCCGUCUAAACUCUCGGACAAAAACCUCCUGCCUCGUUCAUGGCCCUGCCAAGAUUUCCGUCUCUCUGAGUGCUUCCUUCCCUUUCCGACCUUCAGCUUGACGCGCCCCUUGUUCCUGUCGAGCUCUUCGCACCGCGUGUUUUUAGUGAGUGGAGGCUUCCGGCCCAACCACCACCCCCUAACCACCCUGGCUCCAUGUCCGCCCGCAUUUUAGCUGCUGCAAGGGUGUGGUUUUGACGUCAACGUUUUUUUCUUGCCCUUCGGUGCCUUCGACGCUCUUCUCUGGAACUCAUGCGCAUUACCUGCUCCUCUUCCCACCUCUCUGUCAUCUCACUUCGGGUAUUUGUACCUACCUACCUACAAAUCUGUCACUGAGACAGCUUGUUGACUGGCUAGUCCAUUACCAAAUAUACAGGAAUUCCUACUUCCUACGAACUUCGGGCGCAAGCUCCAACUUGAAAUUUCCUACCAGCCCAAUCGAUACCCGACUCGCCUCGAGGCUCCAAAGCUUCAGGCCCCUGCCGCCCCAACCACAGCCUCCACACGCGCAAGCUCCCUGCCCAAACCGAAACCUUGGGCUUAAGCUCUAGGUCCGAGCAACAGCCUUCUGGGCAGCCUCAAAAUCCAGCUUCGGCUCCCGUCUUCGUCCGAGGUCAAAGACGGCCUCCUCGACCACAGCCACACCACUUCUACUUUUGUAUCACGAUACCCCGCCCCUUGCGUCGCCGACUCAGACGACAGCCCAAAGUCCAGGUGACGACAUUUGCGCAUUCACUUGUCAAGGGCGCGAUUCUCACCCGCCUCAUCGCCUGCGAGCUGCCACUUCAGACAUCUGUCCGGGCAAAGACGUCUAGCUGCUCUGAUGAUACUCGGCGCUUGGCUGCACCCUUCUGCAUAGCCAGUCGGUUGUCGAGAGCGGCUUGGACCUCCGAGACUCUUCCAGUUCUCGAGACGGCGGAGUGUGGCCUCGACCUUUGGGUUGAUUCCGAAGCAGCGACAAACCCAUUCAUCACCUCGCACACAUCCAACAGUCAAAAUGACGGUCUUUAUUGCAUCACUAUUUCUCCCCAAGACGGUCCACUUCAAGCUCCCCGGAUCACCUGCGAGGACCGGUGUUCAGCUGGAGAAGACCAGGAGAUCCGAGGGCUCUAAGCCUGCGCCGCAGAGGCAGCCAAGCCUAUUCAAGCCGCUGGCCGACAUCACGCCCCCGCAAACACCGACGGAGGAGCAGUCCAAGGAGGGCGGCAUCUUCACCAACGAGGAUGGCCUGAAGACUUUCGCCGCGCCGGCGGCUAUCAAGCGCGACCCGACCAAGGGCCCCGCGGACCGCGGUUCGCCGACAUGGGGCGCUAGGCGCGACCAGCCCAUGUCGCGGGCCAACUCUCCGCCGCCGUCGUCUGUGCUGAGCCGGAACCAGACGCUGGCAUCCAAGGCGCGCGAGCUCGGGCGCCAGGGCAUCUCGCAGCCGCGGGCGCUGACGCGGAGCGAGAGCCACGACAAGGUCUUCUCCCAGGCCGCGUACGAGAUCACCAACGCCGACCAGGGCAAUGGCGGAUUGCGCAACGCGGCCGAGGCGGCGGCGCGCGAGGGCAAGCUGGGCGACUACACGUACGUUGGCACGCUUGGCAUGCCGACGGACGCGCUCGAGGGCUCGCAGCAGAAGCAGGACAUCGAGGACAGGCUGGCGACGGAGCACGACGCGCUCGCCGUGUGGUGCUCGGACAAGGACUUUGACGGCCACUACUCGCACUUUUGCAAGCAGAUCCUGUGGCCCGUCUUCCACUACCAGAUCCCCGACAACCCCAAGAGCAAGGCGUACGAGGACCACUCGUGGAAGUACUACGUCAACGUGAACCAGGCCUUCGCCGACAAGAUUGUGCGCAACUGGAAGCGCGGCGACGUCAUCUGGGUGCACGACUACCACCUGCUGCUCGUGCCCGGCAUGGUGCGCAAGAAGCUGCCCGACGCCAAGAUCGGCUUCUUCCUGCACGUCGCCUUCCCGUCGUCCGAGAUCUUCCGCUGCCUGGCCAUGCGCAACGAGCUGCUCGAGGGCAUGCUGGGUGCCAACCUGAUCGGGUUCCAGAUCCACGAGUACACGCGCCACUUCCUGCAGACGUGCAGCCGCCUGCUGGCCGCCGAGGCCACCCCGGACGGCCUGCAGCUCGAGGACCGCUUCGUCGACGUCAUCAACCUGCCCAUCGGCAUCGACCCGGUCGCGCUCGACCAGCACCGCCGCGAGCCCGAGGUGGCGCGCUGGAUCGAGAGCAUGCGCCAGCGCUACCAGGACUGCCGCCUGAUCGUGGCGCGCGACAAGCUCGACCACGUGCGCGGCGUGCGCCAGAAGCUGCUCUCGUACGAGCUCUUCCUCAACAAGAACCCCGAGUGGCGCGGCAAGACGGUGUUGAUCCAGGUGGCGCUCUCUACGAGCGAGAAGUCGGAGUUGGACGCCACCGUCUCCGACAUCGUUACGCGCGUCAACUCGUCGUGGGCCAACCUGGCCUACCAGCCCGUCGUGUACCUGAAGCAGGACAUCGACUACGCCCAGUACCUGGCGCUCCUGACCAUCGCCGACGCGCUCAUGAUCACGAGCCAGCGGGAGGGCAUGAACCUGACGUCCCAUGAGUUCCUGGCCUGCCAAGACGGCCGCCACAGCGAGGCGACCGGCAGCGGCGUCACCAAGAAGCACGGGUCCCUGAUCCUGUCCGAGUUCACCGGUACGGCCUCGCUCUUUGGUGGCCACGAGCUGUCGGUCAACCCGUGGGACUAUCAGGCCUGCGCCGACGCCAUCAAGCAGGCGCUCACCAUGGGCGACGGAGAGAAGGCCCGACGGUGGGGAGCGCUGUACGAGACGGUCAACCACCACACCGGUGCGCACUGGUUCACCGAGUUCCUGUCGCGCCUCGACCGCGUCUACGAGGAGCAGCACAAGCGCGACCAGACGUCGGUGCCACGCCUGUCAGUAAGCUCGCUGGAGCGCCAGUACAAGCGAAGCGAGAAGCGCCUCUUCAUACUCGACUACGAGGGCACCCUCGUCAGCUGGGGCCCCGUCAACCAGAUCAUCCCCGUCAGCCCACAGCGCACGCUCGACGUCCUGUCGGACCUGCUCCUGGACGAGCGUAAUACCAUAUACGUCAUGUCGGGGCGCCGGCCCGAGGAGCUGGACAGGCUGUUCCGGCGAAUCCCUAACCUAGGUCUCAUCGCCGAGAACGGCUGCUUCCUCAAGGACUGCGGAUCCGACACGUGGACCGAGAUGGCCGACGGCGACCAGAUCCGGUCCUGGAAGGAGUCGGUCAAGGGCAUCAUGACGUACUACCUGGAGCGCACGCCCGGCGCCGAGGUGGAGGAGCGCCGGUGCUCGCUCAUGUUCCACUACAAGUCGGCCGAGGACUACGACACGGCGUCGCGGCUGGCGUCGGACUGCGCGUCGCACAUCAACGACGCGUGCGAGGCGCAGCGCGUGCACGCCGUCCCGCUCGACGGGUGCGUCAUCGUCGAGCCGGUCGACUGGACAAAGAGCACGGCGGCCGAGCACGUCUUUGACGGCAUCCGGAAGCGCAUCACGGGCAGCAACAGCAGCAGCAGCGGCGGCGGCGGCGGCGGCGGCGAGGGAGCGGAGGCGGGCAAGGGCGCCGUCGACUUCCUCAUGGUCGUGGGCGACGGCCGCGAGGACGAAAAGGUGUUCAAGUGGGCCAACCAGCUCGGCGAGGACAAGGUGGUGCGCGACGUCGUCACCGUCAGCCUGGGCAGCCGCAACACCGAGGCCGGCGCCACCUUGACGCAGGGCGUGAGCGGUGUCCUGCUCGCCCUGCAGAAGCUCUCUGCUGUCUCGUGACUCCUUGACCCGGACGGUGACUUUAACUCCGGCAUGCGACUCGGGGGGCUGUGAGUAUCUGGGCAGCGCAGGAGGGAGAGUAUUGCGCUUUUUUUUCUCACGUGGGACAGAGUCACGCAACAAAGGAGGCUCGUGCAAUUCCCCAUCGUUCCAAGGCGCUUCCCUAUUCAUAGUCCAUUUAAUAUCUUUCCUAGCCCUCAUUCUCGGAGGAGCGAUGUCCAAGUCCGGGUUUCCUAACCCCCUCUCUCCUACCCCCAACACCACCAUCACCGUCACCACCACCACCACCCCCCCAACAACACGCAGCACAACCACCACCCCCUUUUCCUUGAAACGAUGCGAUAAUUUCCUUGGGCGAUAGUGGGGGACAGGGCGACAAACACGGAAGGGAAAGGGUUUACAAAAUUUGGUGGCUGCUUUUGGUUUUCUUUUUUUUUCAUCACCCAUCAACAUUUCUCAGGAACGUCAUCUUUAUCUUCCUCCUUGUCGUAAUGUCUUUACUCCCAUAGCAUGCAAAUCAUGACGUUAAAUCCGGCAUGUGCCCGAUGCAUGCGUAUCUUUUGUAAGCCU